AUGGCCAGAACAUUGAGGAGCAGUGUCUGUAGCACCAACUUCAGUGAGGCCAAGAGACAUGAGCGGCAUGCUGGGAACUUCAGAGAGGUGCAGCCUCCACCAUACAAUCCUGAGUCCAUGAACCUCGAUGUCAGUACUCCAGUUCCCACUUUUUCAUUGCAGAAAAGUGGUGGGAGGUUCGGAUUUGCAGCUUUGACCACCACACCUAUCAUCCCUCCUGGUGUGGAGCCCAGUCCUCAAGCCUCUAACAACUCAUAUCUCGCUACUAUGGGAAUGAAUGUUACCGAAAAAUGCAAUAAGAACACUUUCAUUGAUUAUGCUAACAGUUCCCAGUGUCCACUUGCUGCUAUCUUGUCAGAGCACAACCUGGACCCAGCCCUAUGCAAGGAGGAUGCCGUUAGCCAAGCACUUUGUGCAGGACUGGUAGGAUCUGACCUGGAGGACAGCAAAUCCAGCAGUAGCAACAUAGAUGGCAUUGAUGACACAGAAGAUGGAGACGAAGGAGAUAAUAACAAAUCACAAUUUGGAUUUUCGGCUGAAGAACUACCCACUCAGACUCAAAUUGCUCGCCCUCUCACACCAGAUUUUGAAUUCCAAUACUCACGCAAUGAAGAUGAUGAUACUUCCCGGAUGCAUCUCAACAAUACCAACCAGUCUCUGGACACCUUGCAAAGAGUGCAGAGGGAACAAGCAGGCCCUCAGACUACUACCUCGAACCUCCCUGAUGACGUAUUGAAGCGCCAUCAUGAUAAAAAUGGUCAGCCCCGCCUUCCCAACCCUGAAUCGCUCCAGCUGCUGAAUCAAGUGGCAGAGUUGGUCAAUGCUGGGAGUCAGUCGAGAUCCAAGAGAUCAAAGGGAUCUGAAAGUGGGCCAAGGCCUGACCAACUGGCUUGGUACGGGCCACGCUGGAAAAGUUUCCUCGAGGAGGCUAAAGGAGAGUGUCGCGCUCAGCAUGCCCUAGAAAACCCUUUCCCACCAUUAGUCAAGGGGAUGCCAGGAACCAUCUCUGAGGUUCUAGUUUUGGUUUUGGUUGCAUGGGACAAGAGUGGUAGACAAUUCAAGGCUGAUCUGAAGAAAACUGCAAUAAGCAUCACACCAUUAUCAUACUCACUUUUGCCUCUGCCUUCCAUUCCUCCUCAACAAUGUGCGACCUGGGUCAAAAGGGCCCCUAAAGAUUUACUCAAGGGUGGUUCAUUUUUACGCUUCGGAAAAGACCAAAAUGGGAAAAUGAGGAAUUUGGCCCAUCCUGCCCUCUGUGACACCUGCAUAGCCUUUCUUUACACAGGGCCUUACCAGAUUGCAUGGAGGCAGCCAGAGAAGUUCCACAUGCAAUUACCCAUAUUGUGUUUGGCCUUAGUUGCCACAGUGUUCCACUGUGUUUUUGAUGGUCUUGAGAAGAACGGGAAUGGUAAAUGUUAUUCCAAUUUUUCCUUGAAGGAAUACUCUCCCAUCUACCACAAAAUGAUCCAAAUCAUCAAAGAUACCCUCAAGGACAAAUAUCAUGGCCCUAGAUUGUUAACACAACUUCGAGAAUGGGCUGAAGCUGGAUGGGCUGAAAAUAUCAAGCUCAACAGUGGUGCAGCAGAGGCGAAACACAAUGAUCUCCAGGUCGUCCUGGACUAA